AUGAACGUAAAAGUUGACAACCCUGUUCUCGGUUUUAUUUAUCAAUCGAAACACUAAUUUUACAUUUUUACGAAAAUAAAUUAAUUAUACUAUAUAAACCAGCUACAUAAUGGCAGAUUUUGGUCCAAAGAUGAAAGGUGGAAUGCCUAAUAUGCAAAACCAAAUGGAUCCAGAAAGUCAGAAAAAAAUUGAAGAGCAAAAAGAAGAACAAGCUCAGAUGAAGAAUAUGAUGUUAUCUAGUCUAUUGGAUCAACAAGCACGAGCACGUUUGAAUAAUUUAAAGUUAAGUAAACCAGAAAAAGCAGAAGCAGUUGAAAAUAUCAUCAUACAAAUGGCACAAAGAGGACAAAUCGGUGGGAAGCUGGAUGAUAAAACUUUUACUCAAUUGCUAGAAUCCCUUAAUCAGCAAAUGACUCGUUCAACUUCUGGAAUUAAAGUUAAUUACGAUAGAAGAAGAAACAAUUUGGAUAGUGACGAUGAUGAGGAUUACUGAUGGAUAUUUCCUAGUCUCACAAAGAAUUCUCAAUGUCACUCUUUUAUUAUUUUUUCCUUUGCAUUUCACAUGCUAUUUGUCUUUGAUUGAAUUACUCCUU